GAACCCCAAUUCCUCUCCUUAAACUCCAAGUCUUCCCGCCGCUUCACUUCACUUCACUUCUCAAACCCUCCACAACACCACCGUUCACGGCGGCGGCAUAAUCCCUUCAGUUUAUCCUCUUCCUCCUUUCCUCCGCUCUAAUCUCAUCUUCCGAUGGAGGCCACGGCGGCGUCUGAAACCUCCGAUGGACCUGUCUUGAACGUGAUCAACAAGCGCAUCCGUGCCCUCCGCAAGAAACACAACCGCAUUCUCCAGAUGGAAGAAUCUCUCGCUAAUGGAAAAACCCUUAACAAGGAGCAAGAAGAAACUUUCCGCUCAAAAACCAGCGUUGUUGCUGCCAUAGACGAGCUCGAGAAGCUUCGUCAGCCACUAGCUGCUGCUGUAACGGAAGAAAUCAACCUUGCUACUCAACACCAUCUCGUUUCUGCUGCGGAUUCCCCAGAUGAGAAAUUAGCUGGAAAAGACGAUAACAGUUGUGUUGAGGUUGAGGAUUUGCUUAACAUUAUUUAUUUUGGUAGCAUGUUUGCUCAUGCGAAUUGGGGGAAAAAUGAUUUUGUUUCAACUAUGUGGAAAAGGGCUAUGCAUGAGAGGGCUUGUUGUUUGAACUAUGAUUGCAUGCCGGAAGAUGAGUCGACGGAUGUGAUGGAUAUGUUGUCGGAGAAGGAUUUGGAUUUGAUCUCCAUGCUUAGUGAGCUACUCAUUUGUCGUCCUGUUAACUCUACUUUGUCGCACAAGCACGCCCUUCAAGCUUGCUUUGAGCAUGCCAAGCUGUGGAUAACAAAGUCUGAUCAGCACAUUGCACCAGAAUCAGAUGCUACUUAUGCUGGUUUGAGAUCCAAGUUGAACAAGAUCAUGUCUUCGUUGUAUUUUACAACAGAACCUGUUUUUCGAGUGGAACAGGCUGUUGCUGAGUAUGAGUCUUAUCAGGUGCCAGUAGAAGAGACGGGUUUGCCUGUCAAUGCAACUGGGCAGGUGGAGAGUCCAGUUGAGCGCUAUCAAGAGAAGGAAGGGGAACAUGUAAAUUCUCAAGCUGAUAAAUCUAGCGAAAUUCACGAUAGCUCUGCAAAAGAUCUCCCCCAGGAGAACUUGUCCGAGCAACGUGCUGAACCAGAAGAAGUUGGACAUGAGGGAGAAGGUGUUGAGGAUCCGAAGGAUGCAAAUGUUGAUAAUCAACAAUCGGUUCCCCGGAGGUCCAAUCAGCAUUUCAGGGGUAAUCGUGGUGGAGGCCGUCGUGGAUACAACAAUGGCCGUGGAGGCCGUGGCAGAGGACGGUCUUACUAUGAUGACCACAACCCAUACUAUGAUCAACCUGGUAAUUAUUACCCCAGGAAUUAUCCUAAUUAUCGGGGAAGGGGUGGUAGGGGUAGCCGUGGUGAUGGGAAUUAUAGCCACUAUGCUUCAGGUGAUCAAGCUGGAAAUGUCCCCGCUUUUUCAUGAUUGUUUUGGUGAAGCAUAUGCUAUUCCUUUUUUGUUGGAAGGUGAUAACGCUAUUUCCCGGUUAACCUGAAGCACUAAAUGUGUCAACUGUUUUGCUUGUGUUAAGUCUUACCAGAAGAGCAUUAAAAAAAGGGUCAAGUGUAGUGUCUUUUUUGAACUUUACAACUUGUUGAUCAAUUUUGAGUCUUCAUUACUAGUUUGAUCUCAAGUGAAAUUGUAUGAUAAUGUCUGCU